UAAUAUGGUUAGGUUAUAAUAUAAUAUGGUUCCAUGAAAAUUAGCUACUACACUGAGGUAGGUUUCAGUUAUCAGUAAAUGUAGAAGGGCACCAUAUUUUGGUUGUAUAUUAUCUCUGGUAUAAAUGUAUAAUGUUUUGGUUCUCGUCACUGAGUUCAGUUUAGUUCAGUGGUUCUCGUACGACUUUUUAGUUUUUUUCAUUGAUAUUAAACUAAUGGAUGCGGCAUAACACAAAAUCUGUAAGCUAACAUAAUUCAUACUAUUAUUAACCGCUAGAUGUCAUAAUCAUCUGUACAUAAUAUGUUUUCUCUCUCUUACAAGAGUUUUACUUUCCUUGUCACACAGAAGAUGUGUGCGAAUGAGAACCAUCGUUUCUCUCUCCGUUGUAUUGGCCUAAACAGUGUAUGUAGAAUGUAUAAAGAAAUGCCGUAUCCAUAUGUUUAAUAUCUAUGGUUUUUUUAUGGUUUUUUUUAUGGUGUCUGUAAUCUGUAACUAGUUGUAAUCUAGGUUAUGUUUGAUAUUAGUCACGAUCAUGAUUAAAGAUAGUGCAGACCACACUACCAGUUACCACAGUUGUUUUACAUGGGAGUUUGAUAAACGCUGUAAAUUUAAAUUUUAGAUUAUCUGAAAAAUUACAUUAAUACAAUAAUACAAUCUUACAUCAUGAGUUAUUUUAGAGAGAACGGAAACACUUAGGUACAAUACAUUUUUUAGAGCCAUUGCGAAUUGCGAUAUUUACUAAUUAUUUAAAUGAAUAACUAUAAGAAAGUCAAUUUCGUUCCAUGUCACCAGUCCUGAUGGCACUCAACAGUUUCUGCCAGUAACAGUCACCAGAUGUCCUGAGAUUACAAAUAAUUGAAAAAGUUACUUAAAGUUGGAUAUACCUACUGAAGAAAUAAUAGCUUGUUUAAAGGUAUCUUAGAGUUUACAGAAACAAAUUAUUUUCAUAUCAUAGUUUAAGAAGAACCUUGCUAUUUGCAGCUAUAACAGAUCACAAAUGUGAUACACUAUUACUAAUCAUAAAUACAACAUCCAAUACUAACUAAAUUUAAGUUACACAAAUCUAACAAAGUUUAUCAAGUUUUAUCCAUUACAUGGAUAUUAUAUAAAAGUGGUAAAUUUUAAAUACUUGGUGUUCAUGUAUAGAUACUGAAAAUACCUAUUAGUUUAAGAAAGAGUUAUUGGAGAAAAUAAUUAUUUAUAAAUGAAAAACUCAGAAGAAAACUUAAAUAAUUCCAAAAACAUGGUUGGAAAAUUAAAAAAUGAAGUCAUAGACGAGGUUGUGACUGAAAUUUCCACUCUAUUAUCUUUUGAAAACUCACAAACUGAAGAAUUAGAUUCAUCAAAUAGUAAUUAUGCUAAAAAUAUUCCAAUUGUAAAUAAACCGGCUUUAGGUGAUAUAUGGAAUGUAUAUGUGUCAAAUAUAAAUUCAUUAAAAUAUUUUCAUGUACAGAACAUGAACAACCAUGAAUAUAUUCAAUCAAUCUGUUCAAAAUUAGAUAAAUAUGAUUUGACGUCGAAGAAGCUUCCAAAAGUAGGAAAUUUAAUUGCUGCUCGCGAUCUCAAUGGUACUUGGUAUAGAGCAAAAGUUCAAAGCGUAACUGAAUUAGGACUGAAUGUGUGCUAUAUUGAUUUUGGGAUUUCUAAAGUACUAGUUACAGUUUAUAAAGAUUUACCAAAAGAACUUGCCAGUAUAAAACCAAUGGCUUAUCAUUGUUAUUUUAAAAAUGUAUCAAAAGAAGAUGAAAAUAGAUUAUCAGAUCUAGAUUUAUUUGAUUCUAUUUAUAAAUACUACAGUAAUUAUAAAAUAACAGCUACUUUUUUAAGCGAUAGUGAUCCAUAUUUAGUUACAUUAUCACAUAACGGUAAAGAUGUCCUGGAUAUUUUAUACAAUUUAAUUUGGGAUGGUAUUGUUCCUAGUAUAUCUGAUGAUCCAAUAAAUCAUGCAAAACUUAUAAUGCUGAAUAAAAUGUUUUUAAAAUCUAAGACAGGGGUUGUCUGUGUAGAACCCAUUUUUUCAAAAAAUCAUUUUUAUGUUGAAACUGAAUUUAGUUAUCAAGUUGGCAAAACUAUUAGAACUGAAAUCGAAAAGCAGACGGCAAAAUGGAUUCCGGUAUUACAUCCUGAAGAGGGUCAAAUAGUGAUUGCUAAAAAUACCAAUGAUUUAAAAUUAUAUCGGGCAAGGGUCAUAAAGAAAUAUGAAAAUUCUGAAGAGCAUAAAUGUUUUUUAAUCGAUUGCGCAACGUUUGAAAACUGUUUUGAAAUGUUUGAACCUACUGAUUAUCUACGGACAGCACCUCCAGUCAAGAUACACUGUUCUUUACAUGUAUCCACUAAUUUUAGCGGUGAUAUACUAGAAAGCAUGAAUCUUGCUUUUAUUAAUGAAAUAGCCGAAAGCAAGGGCAAGUCAAAAAUCAUAAAAAUUAAAAAAAUUGGAAGUCCUUGUAUAAUAGACUUGGAAAUCAGUGAUUUAAAUAUCAUUCAAGUUAUUAAACCAUGUGAAGUGAGAGUGAUCAAUGACAAACAUUUUAAUUCUUUCAAAGUUCGGUUGAAUUCAUCCGGAGCAAAAAAAAUCUCUGAUGUUCUAAAAUCUACUAAAACAUUUUUUCCUAUUUCCAACCCAGAAAUUUUCCAACUAUAUGUUACUAAAAUUGACCAACAAUACAAGAGAGUAAAAUAUAUGGGUGAAUUUGAAGGAGGUUUUAAAGUAAUGUUAGUAGAUGAAUUACCUAUUAAGAUAGUAGUCGAUGAACUAUAUGAAAUUCCUAAAUCAAUAAUAAAUGUGAAAACUACAGAUUUGUAUUGUUCUCUAGGACUAAAUAAAACCGAUUAUUCUAACAAAUUGUUUAGUGACAUUUGUAAUAAUGGCAACGUCAAAUUUAAAAUGGUUGUCAUUACAAAUGAUCAUAUAAAUGCUCAUAUUGUUAAACUUUUUUUAAAUUCCAAAGAUAUAAAAUCAAUGCUUUGUAACCAACCUUCAUAGUAUUGAACUGUUUUUUUCAUGAAGAGCUUAAAAACAUUGACUAUUAUUAUAAUUAUUGUGAAUUAUAUGUAGAGGGUGAUUCACCAAUCAUGUUCACUCUAUUUUUCCUUUAAUAAUGAAUCUAUUCAUAUUCUGAUUUUUUGAAUUUUUAAGUAUACUCAAAGACAAUUUUUUCAAAUUCUUGAAUUUUUUCAUACUACUAAAGAAGUGUUCUGUGGCAUACAAACUUUUGCUUUUCAAAUGAGAGCCUGCCUUU